AUGUCAACUUUAGCCUGUACAUGCAAUUUGAGGUUAUAAUUGUGUAAUUUAUUGUUUAGCUUGUUACAAAUAAUAUAGAAUAAAAUGUUGCGAUAUCUGACAAAACUCAAUACGAAUAUACCAAAACGACUCACCAAUAGAUUGUUUCAUUCAACCACAGGAUGUCAUCAAACUAUAGAUUCCAAGGUUGAUGAUGGAAAUCUUAUUGGUCGUCCUAUAUAUUUAGAUGCCCAAGCUACAACACCCUUGGACCCAAGGGUGUUAGAUUCAAUGCUACCUUAUUUAACAUCUUAUUAUGGGAAUCCACAUUCAAGAACUCAUACCUAUGGUUGGGAGACUGAGAAGGCAGUUGAAGUGGCUCGAGAACAAAUUGCCAAUUUAAUUGGAGCAGAUCCGAAAGAAAUUAUUUUUACUUCAGGGGCUACUGAGAGUAAUAAUAUUGCUGUGAAAGGUGUUGGCAGAUUUUAUGCAUCAAAGAAGAAACAUGUUAUUACUACUCAAACUGAGCAUAAAUGUGUUUUGGAUUCUUGUCGCGCUCUCGAGGGUGAGGGUUUCACUGUUACGUAUCUCCCGGUAGGUGAAAACGGUCUUAUCAGUUUGGAAGAGUUAGAAAAAGCGAUGACUGAAGAAACUUCGUUGGUUUCCAUUAUGACUGUGAACAAUGAGAUUGGCGUGAGGCAGCCUAUGGAGGAAAUCGGUAAAUUAUGUAAAGCCAAGAAGAUAUUCUUCCACACUGAUGCGGCUCAGGCUAUCGGCAAAAUACCAAUUGACGUGCAGAGUAUGAAUAUUGACUUGAUGUCUAUUAGUGGACACAAGAUUUACGGACCCAAAGGUAUUGGUGCUCUUUACGUUCGUCGUAAACCCAGAGUACGUAUCGAAGCUUUGCAAAGUGGCGGAGGACAGGAACGUGGUUUGAGGAGCGGAACGGUGCCUGCUCCUUUGGCUGUUGGUAUAGGAAUGGCAUGUGAUAUCGCCAAUCGCGAAAUGGAAUAUGAUCAUAAGUGGAUGGAAACGUUAAGUCAAAGGCUAAUGGAUAGGAUAUACAGCAAACUGACACACGUUAUUAGAAACGGCGAUCCCGUUCAUUCCUAUCCCGGAUGCAUUAACUUAUCAUUCGCUUAUGUUGAAGGCGAAUCUUUGCUAAUGGCUUUAAAGGAUGUUGCUUUAUCCAGCGGAUCUGCUUGCACUUCAGCAUCUCUCGAACCAUCUUACGUUUUAAGAGCUAUAGGUGCAGAUGAAGAUUUGGCUCAUAGUUCCAUCAGAUUUGGUAUGGGACGUUUUACAACGCUCGACGAAAUUGAUUAUGCAGCUGAUAAGUGCAUAAAACAUGUAACGAGGCUUCGCGAAAUGAGUCCAUUGUGGGAAAUGGUUCAAGAGGGAAUUGAUUUAAAAACAAUUCAGUGGUCUCAGCACUAACAAAAUUCGCUUUGAAAGUAAACUUUUAAAUGUU